AUGAGUUCGGGAAUGCCUGAAUUAGGCUCCAAGAUAAGCCUAAUAUCUAAAGCCGAUAUCCGCUAUGAAGGUCGACUAUUCACCGUUGAUCCUCAAGAAUGCACCAUUGCUUUGGCUAGCGUGCGAUCAUUUGGUACUGAGGAUAGGGAGACUCAAUUUCCGGUAGCUCCUCAAAGCCAAGUCUAUGACUACAUCUUAUUCAGAGGUUCUGACAUCAAGGAUAUCCGUGUUCUUAACAAUGUGUCCUCCUUGCCAAACGACCCUGCCAUUGUGCAGAUGUCUGUACCACCAUCCAUCGGGAGUGGAAACCAAGCACAGUUUGUGGGACAAUACAGCCAUCCAGUUGUGGGUCAGGGCCAAUACCCACAAUAUCACCCUAUGGGGGGUUUUCCGGGCAGUAUGCACACACAACUCAACAAGACGAGUGAGUUGUCCCCUCAGACUUCAGUGGAUUUAGCCCCCCAGCAGCCUGUCAAAGCCCCAAUAGGAUCUGGAGUUGUCCAGCACCAAGUGAAAGACCAAGGUUCCAUGCUAGAUUUGAUUGGUGGAGGUUCCCAACAAAAUGCUUCACGUUCAGGAACACCUGCGGCUGUCGGUCACAGGAAGAGCCCGACUGCAGAUCAGGGUACACAGCAGGCUGGAGCAAGUGGGUCCGGGCAGCGUGAUUCUCGUCGUGGCGCCAACGCAUCCAAGCCAGUGCGUCGUCAGAGCUCCCGCAGUCGCCAGCGACAAUCCAGCGGAUCGCAAUCGCAGCCGCCAUCCCAGCAGCAGAUGCAGAAUCAGCCACAAUCUCAGCCGCACCAUAAUCACCACCAACCUGGUGAGCUUGUUGAAAGUAUGGGCUACAACAGAGGUGGUUGGAGAGGCAGAUCCCGCGGCCGCGGUCGCGGGGGCUUCGUGCCUCGCAACAAGAACACUCUGAAGUUCGACAACGACUAUGACUUUGAGCAAGCCAACACAGAGUUUGAGGAACUGAGGACCCAACUGGCCAAGGCCAAGAUUGCCGACGGUGAAACUAAAGUAGAGGGUGAGCCUGACAAAAAGGACGACUCGGGCAACGAGACGGGAGCUGGAGAGCCAGAUGUUGAGGAUGACUUCACCGGCUACGACAAGAAGAAAAGCUUCUUUGAUAACAUCUCUUGUGAGGCCGUUGAGAGGCAAAAGGGCCGCAGCCAGCGGACGGACUGGCGGACGGAGCGUAAGCUGAACUCGGAGACGUUCGGCGUAGCGUCCGCUCGACGCGGGGCUUGGCGCGGUCGAUCUGCCUGGAGGCACAACCCACACAACCCUCACAACCCACACAACAUGCACAAUAUGCACAACCAGCAUCCGAUGUACUUCCCGAGCUGGCGGCCGAUGCGUGGCGGACGCGGCCGACCCAACAACAUGCACCCUCACAACAACCACAACGCUCACAACAAUCACAACAACCGCCAACAACGCCCGAACAACACGCCUGCGCCACCCGCCCCGCAACCCGCUGCUACCGAAACGUGUCUAAAUGGACUCACUCACGGGAAUGUAUUGGUUCGAUUAGAGAUUUGUGACGGACAUUGCUCUGGAGUGACAAGUGUUGUAUCCUAUAUUUGGAAGGUGUUGCGAAACUCCCGUGAACGAAAUUGA